GGCCGUUCUCAAAGCGCUGAGGGCAGCGAGAGGCGCGGAGCGGGCGUGAGGGCAGCACCCCGGCUUAUCCCUUCGGCUCUACCAAGCGAAGGGGCAGAUUGCCUUUUUCUGACUAAAAUCAGCCUGUCCCGAGUUGUUUUUUUUUUUUUUUUUCCCCCCGCUCUCUUCUCGCCCUCGCCGGUUCCUCGGGAGCGUUUCGCCACCUGCGCCAUGGUGAUGUUCAAGAAAGUGAAGACCUUCCUGCUGGCUUUCAGCGAGCCGGAGAAGGUUUAUUGCAGCGGGGAGAAGGUGGCGGGGCACGUGUUGGUGGAGGUGGCCGAGGUCACUCGCGUCAGCGCCGUCAAGGUGCUGGCCUGCGGGGUGGCCAAAGUCAACUGGGCCAAGGGCCCGCAGCAGUGCAGGCAGGAGAUGGAGUACCUGCGCUUCGAGGAUGUCCUCACCCUGGAGGAGCAGCCCACUGAUGGGGACGGCUCUGUAAUCCUCAGACCCGGGAACAAGUACGAGUACAAAUUCGGAUUCGAGCUUCCCCAGGGGCCGCUGGGUACCACCUUCAAGGGAAAGUACGGCUGUGUGGAUUACUGGGUGAAAGCCUUCCUGGAGCGCCCGUCCUUUCCCAUUCAGGAGAUAAAAAAGCGCUUCGAGGUGAUGGAUCCUGUGGACGUGAACACACCAGAACUGCUGUCCCCGGUUGCUGCCAAGAAGGAGAAGAAAGUGUCCUGCAUGUUCAUUCCCGACGGGCGCGUGUCGGUCAGCGCUCAGAUCGACAGGAAGGGGUUUUGCGAAGGCGACGAGAUCUGCAUCAACGCCGACUUCGAGAACACGUGCUCCCGCAUCGUGGUGCCCAAAGCCGCCAUCGUGGCCAAGCACACCUACCUGGCCAACGGGCAGACCAAAGUCUUCACCCAAAAACUCUCCUGCGUCCGAGGCAACCACAUCAUCUCGGGCAUGUCCGAGUCCUGGCGGGGCAAAACCAUCCGCGUCAAGAAACUCAAACCCUCCAUCCUGGGCUGCAACAUCCUGCGCGUGGAGUAUUUCCUGCAGAUCUACGUCAGCGUCCCCGGCUCCAAGAAAAUCAUCUUGGAGCUGCCGCUGGUCAUCGGCAGCCGCUCGGGCAUCGGGAGCCGCAGCUCCAGCAUGGCCAGUCAGACCAGUUCCGAGAUGAGCUGGGUGGACUUGAACCUCCCGGAUGCCCCUGAAGCGCCCCCGUGUUACCUGGACAUCGUCCCCGAGGACCAUCGCCUGGAGAGCCCCACCACCCCGCUGCUGGACGAGGCCGACAGCUUCGACAGCCCCAUCUUCAUGUACGCCCCCGAGUUCAAGUUCAUGCCCCCCCCCACCUACACAGAGGUGGAUCCCUGCGUGGCGAACAACAACGUGCAGUGAGCGCUGAGGCCGGGGGCUGUGCUCCCCCUUUUUUUCCUGGACUUUGGAAUUAUCCCGCCUGCGGGAUCCCGGCCGAUCCGCUCGAGGAGGAGGAGGAGGAGGAGGAGGAAGGAGCCGAGAGGUUUUUUCUUUUUUCGGCGGGCGCCGGAGUGCGGAGGAGCCCCGCGGCGGUUUGGGGCUGCACCGGAGGAGCGACCCGAGGGCGUGGGGUGGGGGGGGGCUCUGAGCCCCCCGCGGUGUCACCCGCAGCGGAGGCGGGUUCCUGCCUCAAAACUGGCGGAAAAACCCCCCAAAAAGUUAAAAAUCACCAUCAUGAUGCCUUCCAAGCCACGGUGCCAAAGCCCUGGGCGAGGCCGGGGGGGGAUCCUGGCUGUAAAUCCCACCGACGCAAGGUCAAGGUCGUGAAGAACUUUUGUACUGUUUUGUAUUGGGGUUUGGGGUUUUGUUUUGUUUUUUUUGGGGGGGGGGGGGGGGGGGAGAGAGGGAAAAAAAAUUAAAAAAAAAAUUAUAUUUUGUCCUGUUGGUGCUCUACAUGCCCCUGGGGGGUGAAAUUUUUAAUAAAGAUCUGAGCAAAA